UUCAAUUCUCACCCUUAAUUUUGCCUCCCACAGAUAACCACCACCAUUAAUGGCUUCCUUACAAGCUUCAACUCUCCUACUCUGUUCUUCUAAAAGAAUCAACUCUGCCAUACAUGUCCCAAAAAACCCAAGAAGACUCGGCCUCUCUGUUCCAAAACUGCCAACUAGAAAGUUGGCAAUAGAGGAACUCAUGUUGAGAUAUGGAUUCACAAACACAAUCCCAAUAGAGAGUACUGAAACAAAUACGAAGGAACCUCAGAACAAUUCUUCUCCUCUUCGGGUGGCAGCCGCCAAGCUUUACACCAUCAUGGAGGCCGUGGCUGACCGAGCAGAGAUGCACAGCAACCUUGCCGAACAGAGGAAUAACUGGAACACACUUCUCUUGAACUCGAUCAACAUGAUGAUUCUCACUGCCUCAACCAUGGCUGGACUUUCGUCCACUGGAAUAUUUUCAUCGCCUUUCGUGGCUUUUAAAGUGUCUUCCACUCUCUUGUUCGCUGCAGCCACAGGAAUGUUUAUGUUGAUGAACAAAAUCCAGCCGUCCCAGCUGGCCGAAGAGCAACGAAACGCGACAAGAUUGUUCCGGCAGCUGCAGACCCAAAUCGAAACAAAACUGGCCUUUGGCAUUGACAACCCAACUCAAAUGGAGGUGAAUGAGACAAUGGAGAAGGUUUUGGCACUGGACAGAGCUUACCCACUUCCCCUGCUUGGAGCUAUGCUUGAGAAGUUCCCUGCAGAACUAGUCCCUGCUGUUUGGUGGCCCUCUAACGACCAUGAUCAUUCCCUAGGAGAUACCAAACUAAAUGAACAAAACAAAGGGAAAAUUCUUAAUGUGAUGACACAGAAGAAAGGAGAAAAUCUUAAUGGGUGGAGUGAACAGCUGGAAGGCGAAAUGGGUGAGAUUGCAAGAAUUUUGAAGAGCAAAGAUGAGGCAGAGUAUGUGAGACUAGGCAAUUUGGUGUUGAAAAUUAACCGGGUUAUGGCUGUUUCGGGCCCUCUGCUCAGCGGGGCUGCGGCUCUCGGAUCUGCUUUUCUGGGUUGUGGAUCGUGGCCAGUGACACUGGCCACGACUGCCGGAGCAUUGGCUGCCAUUGUGUGUACUUUGGAGCAUGGUGGGCAAAUGGGCAUGGUGCUUGAGAUGUACAGAAACACUGCUGGAUUCUUCAGGCUUUUGGAAGAAUCGAUUGAAUCAGAGCUUGGAGAGAGUGAAAAGGAGAGGAGAGAGAGCGGGGAUAUGUUUGAGAUGAAGGUGGCUUUGCAGUUGGGAAGAAGCUUGUCUGAGCUCAGGGAUUUUGCAGCUCAUAGAGAUGGUGGAAAUGGUAAGGAUGAGUUUGCAAGCAAGCUUUUCUGAUGUACAAAGAGAAAAUUUUUUAAUUUUUUAAUUUUUUAUCUGGUAAGGUAGAAAGAGAAAUUCUCGAUAGUCAAAAUUCUUUUAUAAUCUUGAAGUUGUAUAAAGAGAAAUUGCUUCCAUAUUGUCUGGCAUGUCUGCUGUAUAUGAUUUUUUUCACCAGGUUGUAAAAUAAAUGAAUUGUUUUCUUUC